AUGUUUGAUAUAAUUACAUUCUUAGUUAUUCUCUUCCUUUUUGCGGUAUAUUGUAAAAAACUCAAAGCGCAUUAUUUAACUUCCCAAAACUCUUUCAUUACUAAUGCGGAUGAAGCACACAAGAUUCUCAUUGACAGCGACUUACUUUCUCGCGUAAUUCCGAAUCAAAGGUUGAAAAAAUCUUUUCAAAUAUCAAAUCCAUUCACCAAUCCAAGUGAAGAGUAUCGUAAAAAAUUCGUCAAAGUUAUUCAUAAAACAAUCAAAUUUGAUGAUCCUAAAUGGCGAAAUUUUGCAAAUAUUGCGCUUGAAGUUGUAAAUAACGAAAGAAUUCUUAAAACCGGAUUCAUUGAAAUUGUUCCUUGGAUACAGAAAAUCACUCUAAGUGUUGUGUUGCGCGGUUAUUUAGGAUUUGAUACCAAUAUCUAUGAUGUCAUUAGUGACAUUCCUAAAAUCAUAAACGAUCUUUGGCUUAAGUCUAAAGAAUACAAUAAUAAAGAAUCAAACCAGCAAUCAAUAAGUUUGCUUCAAAAAUACUUCUAUAAUACAACUUCAAUUUCACAAACCGAAGAUAAUGAUACCAAUGUUAUAAAGGAAAUUUCAAAAAUAGCUCAAGAACAUUUAGAUCAUUUCCACGAAUCACCACAAACAACUUCCGGAUUUAUUAGCACAGCAGACGAACUUAAAACUCCGUUGAAUAUUGUGCUUCCAGCAUAUGAAACAAUGUGGAGGGUUCUUUUAUACGCAAUCUUAGAAAUUAAAGUGCGCGAAAUUUUACUGACCAAAAAUAAUUUGAAGAUGGAAAAAAAUAUAUACCUUAAGAACAUAAACAAUUCAAUUGAUACUUUUCUAAAGAAUCCAUCUGAUUCUACAUUAAAAAACAAUCAAUUAAAUUUUAUAGUUAAAGAAACGCUGAGACUAUAUCCCGCAACACGCCACAUACAUCGAACGCUCAAUGGAAAAGAUAAUACGAUAGAUGUAGAAGCGAUUCAGCGUGAUCAUACGGUUUGGGGUGAUGAUGCAUUAUGUUUCAAACCGGAACGAUUCGAAAACCCUAACGCAUCAUCUUCAGCAUCAUAUAUUCCUUUUUCUAUCGGCAAAAUGAAAUGCAUAGCAGCCGAUAAAUUUGCACCAACAGUGGCAGCUAUACUUAUUUCAGCCAUUUUAUCAUCAGUUGACAUAGUAGAUGUUAUCGAAAAUGAAGCGAUUGAAAAAUAUUUAAAAAAUCCUCAUUUGCCCUUUGAAAAUCAUCGUCUUGCUUUUGAUAAGAUGAUAGUGAAUGUUACAACACGAUUAAACUAG